ACCGAUCAGGCAUGGCAGAGCUGGUGGGUCUAGUGCAGCGUCUGGAGGUGGCUGUGGGCCGUCUGGAGGCCAUGUCCAGUUCUGGGGGUGGAGGCGGCCCUGCUGCUGCAUCUGGAGCGGUUUCAGUGUAUGUUGUAGCCUAUGACAAUUUGAUCUCUGGCCCUGUGGCUCAGUACACUGCUCUCAGUCAGAAGAUAGGGGGUGAUGUCCAGAAGCAUGCUGAGUUGAUGAAGCAGGCCUUUUCCUAUCAAAGACAGCUCCUGGUCACUGCCUCCAGCUCUCAGAAACCUUCUGAGGUAAGUGCACCAAAGCCAGGCCCCUAUGUGAAGGAGAUGCAGGACGCUGCCAUGUUUUACACGAACCGUGUGCUCAAGGAUUACAAGGAAAAAGAUAAGAUGCAUGUGGAGUGGGUCAGUACCUAUGUGUCCAUUUGGACUGAGCUGCAGGCCUACAUCAAGCAGCACCACACCACUGGACUGAGCUGGAGCAAGACUGGUCCGGUUGCCUCUGGAGGCGCCCCGAGUGGAGGAGCACCAGCCCCACCUCCCCCAGGUCCUCCUCCACCCCCCAUGAACUUGGACAAAUCAUCAAGUGGAGACUCUGGAGCGACCAGUCAUAAUGCUCUCUUUGCAUCCAUCAACAAGGGAGCUGAUAUUACUAAAGGACUGAAGCAUGUGUCUGAUGACCAGAAGACCCACAAGAAUCCUACACUCAAAGUCCAAGGAGGUCCUUUGCCUUCUGGGCCCAAACCCUUCGCUGCUCGGCCCACAGCAGCAGCCAGCCCAGCCCGCACUCUGCCCCCAGUGCUGGAGCUGGACGGCAAGAAA